AUGGGGAAAUGCUUGAAGAAGCUCAAAACACAAGCAGGAGAUGGACACCAAAGUAUCAGGGAACUCUUCCACAUGCGGCCUAAACCUAAAAUGGCAGCACCGCCUGCAAACCAAGACUCCUCAUCUGAAUCAGAGGAACUAUUAGACGCCCCUGACCCAAUACCCGAGGCUGCACAAUCCACACCCCACACACUAACAGGGGACCGUGGAGCUCUGGCCACCAAGGGAGACAUAAUUGACCUUAUGGUCCAACUUUGGUCAUUUUUUAGGGCUGAUCUGGUGGUGGUGCAGGAGGAGGUGACAGCGGUCACAGCAGCUGAAGAAAACAUUACCUCGCUCUCCCAAGCUCAGGCUGGAACGUCGGAGCAUGUCCGCCAAAUACAAACCUCGCUUGAAGACGUGCAGAAGAGAUUGAAUGCGAUGGACGAUACAUGCACCCGCAAGAACCUCAAAGUACGAGGUGUAGCGGAGUCGGUCACCCCUGAGGAACUACCACAUUAUUUCAGGUGCCUAUUUGCGGCCUUACUGCCACACAAACAUACCAAACAAGCUUUGGCGGAUGGCAUCCACGACUCCCUAAAUCCCAGAGGGCGCCGACUCAGCUCCUGA